CAUUUACGAAUCAGCUAACAAAGCCAAACAAUGAAGUUAAAUGUAUUUUGUUUCGUUACCCUUUUGGCCUGUGCUGCGGCCUACGAGGUGGACCUCUUGACCCCAGAGCAAUUUAAUCGACUUAUCGAACGUAAUCCCGUCAAGCCAGAUGAGUAUGGCCUGAUAUUGAACUCUCAGGCUAAGAAGGCCAUGAAGAAUUUGAUGGAAAGUCUGCCCUGUGGCUUUCCGGAAUAUGGAGUUCCUCCCCUGGCGCCCUACACCAACGCUGACCUCAAUAUUCAUUUGGCUCAAUCGGUUGUUGAUUCGCUGGUCCAGUUUCUGCGCUUCCGUUUCGAUGGGCUGGAGACGAUGGAGGUCAAGAAGCUAAAGGUCAGCUACACUUUCAACAAGAAGGUUCAGUUCCAUUUCAAGUUCAAGGAGCUGAAGGCUAGCGCUCACUACCUGAACACCGAUACCUUGAUUGAUCUGCUCCAGGAGUUGGGUCUCUCGGUGCGCUACGAAGGCUCCGGACCGCUUGCCUUUACCCUGGAGGAUCUGUCGAUUCAGGGCUCAUUCAAGUACAAGAUGCCCUUCAUCUUUGGCUCGAUUAAGAUUUAUAAAUUCGAGUGUGUCGUUGGCCUGGGCGGUGUCUCCUCUCACCUUGGCGGCAUUCUGGGCAAUGGACGUUUCAAUGAGAUGAUCAACGAGAUUGUGGAAUAUCAGGUGCCCGCCUUUGUCAACGGCCAUCAGCAGGAGAUCAGCGAUCGCAUUGAACAAUUCAUUGUGCCCUUGGUCAAUGAACGCCUGAAGGGUCAUAAGGUUUGGUUCCUGCUGAAGCAGCUGACCAAUUCCACCAAGAAGUGCCAUCCCACGCCAGCUCCCUGGCUGGCCGUCCAGUGAACGCACCACACAGCAAGCCCACCAAUAAAUCAGAUGUAGCCUUUCAA